UUUCAUUUCCAAUUUUUCGCUAUAUUUCCAUUCUCAAGUGUAAGAAAAAACCUCUCUUUCUAAGCACUCUCAAGGAUUCCUCACCUCCUUCUAACUCUUCUUCUCUCCCCAACAUGAUUCCCCUCUAAUACCAAACCUAAUCCGCUGAAAAGGGAAGCUGAAGGAAACUUGCUCUCUCGGACAGUUACUGGUCCUUCCUCACGCUUCUCGUUGAUAAUACCAACCCACAACCUCACUCCACUCAAUCCACAACAAUCUCUUGAUCAACUUCUCUUCACUCGACACUGCGUCCAGGUCGGAUCGAUGUGCCCGAUGAUGCCGAAGACCGCUCUGUCCACGCUCCUCCUCUUGGCCAGCAUGGUCUUGCCGGUCCUCGCGGCUGCAGCGCAUAAAGCCGUCCACCUGCCCUGCAGCCAGACCUGUGGCACUGGCGUGCCCGCAAAGCAGAACCUGACGUACCCGUUCGGGUUCUCGCCGGGCUGCCCAAUCCAGCUCAACUGCUCCGAGGAUGGGGACGCCCUCAUCGGGGAGUUCCUUGUGCAGUCCGCGUCCCCAGACACCAUCACCAUCACCGUCGAGACCAAGUGCGACCGCCCGUUCAGGUCCAUUGACCAGCUCUACGGCCGCAACUACGCCCCGAUGGGGACGAACUCCGUCCUGCUCAACAAUUGCGCGCAGACCUCCGCAUGCGAUGUGCCCAGGACGCAGGUCAUCCAGGCCCAAUUCCAGUCCCGCUGUGAGCCUAGCAACAAGACCAACACCAGCAUGAGCUGCUACUCCGAGAAGGCGAACCACUACAACGCGAUGUUUCUCAACCGCAGCGGGCUCUUUGACCUCGGCUGCGAGUACUUUCUGUCGUCGAUAUCGGCGGAGGAGCUGAACGACGGGUCGGUGCCGCUGCGCUUCCAGAUGUUACAUCUGUCGUGGUGGGUGAACGGCGACGAGUGUGAGUGCUCCCAGGAUGCAGACUGCGUUCAGCUCUUGGGGCUGCCGAACGGCGGCGGAAAUGGGUUCCGGUGCAAGUGCAGGGACGGGUUCCUUGGCGACGGGCUCUUGGCCGGCACCGGCUGCCGGAGAGCGAAAUCGUCGCCAAAGUGGGAGAAAGAGGAGACGUUGAAAGUACUCACUAUCGUGUUACCACUGAUGGUUCUUGUCGUCGUAUCGAUGCUGAUCUUGAGUGGAGUUUACGUGAUAACAAGGAAAAGGAAAUUCGCCGAGGUCCUCGAAGAUUGGGAGAGGGACUACAGCCCGCACCGGUUCAAGUACAAAGAUCUUUACGUUGCGACGAAAGGAUUCCGGGACCAAGAGUUAUUAGGGGCCGGUGGGUUCGGCCGGGUCUAUAGAGGAAUCUUACCCACAUCGAAUAUAGAGGUUGCGGUGAAGAGGGUCUCCCAUGAAUCGAAACAAGGCAUGAGAGAAUUUGUAGCAGAGAUCAUCACCAUCGGUCGGCUCCGUCACCGCAACUUAGUGUCCCUCCUCGGUUACAGCCGCCGGAAAAGGGAGUUGCUCUUGGUUUACGACUACAUGCCCAAUGGGAGCCUCGACAAGUACCUCUAUAACCAACCAAAGGUCACCCUCAAUUGGAUGCAAAGAUUUAGGGUGAUCAAGGGAGUGGCAUCUGGGCUGCUUUAUCUGCAUGAAGGGUGGGAGCAAGUGGUGAUCCACAGGGAUAUAAAGGCGAGCAACAUCUUGCUAGACGCUGAACUAAAUGGAAGACUUGGAGAUUUUGGGCUCGCGAGACUACACGACCAUGGAACCGACCCUCAAACGACUCACGUCAUAGGAACGCUCGGUUAUCUCGCCCCCGAGCAGAUGCGAACAGGCAAGGCCACCAGGAGCACCGACGUGUUCGCGUUUGGAGCGUUUUUGCUCGAGGUUGCCUGCGGGAGAAGGCCGAUAAAGCAUGGGGACACGGAGGACGUGUUAUUAGUGGACUCUGUAUUUUCUUGCUGGGACAGUGGUGACAUUCUCGAGGUAAGUGAUCCGAAUUUGGGGGCGGAGUUCGUGGAAGGAGAGAUGGAGCUGGUGCUGAAACUCGGGUUGAUGUGCUCCCACUCCAAUCCUUUGAUGAGGCCGAGCAUGCGUCAAGUAUCGCAGUACUUGGAGGGCGAUCUUCCGAUGCCGGAAUUGCCGUCCACCGGCAUUUCCUCCUGCAGGUUAACAUUCGCUCAUCGCCCUGGUUUGGACGAUUUGGUCGUGUCUUGUCCAUCCUCCACGGGCGAGGCAUCUGUGCGCUUGUCUUCUGUCGCAGAAUCGAUUCUCUCGGGUGGGCGAUGAGCCUCCCGGUUUAGUUUCUGAUCUGAUUCCAUCCUCUGUACUUGGAGAACAUCGAUGUGUCCAAACUGUCUCGUCUCUUCUUUUGUAUAAAUCAAUCAGUGGUAAGCCGAGAUAAUGUGCA